AUGGCUGAUUAUGCAAGAGUUCCCACCGCUGCAACUCUCAGCAUUCGGCCUUUCAAAGCCUACAUCUCAGACGAGAAGCUCGAGGAAUUCAAGAAACUACUGGAGCUCUCGCCCAUCGGACCCGCCGUCUACGAGAACACCAGCGUUGGUCGCACUUAUGGCAUUACCAGGGAUUGGCUGGUCCAUGCCAAGGAUGUCUGGCUAAACGAUUUCGACUGGCGCAAGCAUGAAGACCGCAUAAAUUCAUACCCCAACUUCAAGGCCGAAGUCAAGGACUCCCAGGGCAACACUAUCGAUGUCCAAUUCCUGGCGCUCUUCUCUGAGAGGGCCGACGCCGUCCCGCUUGCCUUCUUCCACGGAUGGCCGAGCUCCAUUUGCGAGUUUAUGGAUAUCCUGGAUCUGCUAAAGCAGCGAUAUUCCCCGGCCGAGUUGCCGUACCAUGUCAUUGUGCCCUCGCUUCCAGGCUAUGCCUACUCGUCAGGCCUCCCGCUCGACAAGGACUACGGCAUAGAUGUGGCUGCUAGUGCCAUGCACAGUCUCAUGAUGGGCUUGGGAUUUGGCUCCGGCUAUCUCGUCCAGGGUGGAGAUCUGGGCAGCUUCAUCAGCAGGAUUCUCGUCAUGACCCACGACGAGUGCAAAGGCAUGCAUUUGAAUACGAUGGUGCCUCCUUCGCCGGACGAUUUAGAGGGGCAUUCGACAGACAAACAGGAGGAGCGGGCAUUACAGAAGGCGAAUGAAUUCACCGAUACAUCGUUUGGCUUCUUCUUGGAGCAGGGCACGAGGCCAUCCACACUCGGUCUGGUCCUGAGCUCUAGCCCCUUGGCACUGCUUAGCUGGGUUGGAGAGAAGAAACUCGAAUGGACCGAUGAGGAUCCGCCCUUGGAAAAGAUCCUCGAAGGGGUGACGUUGUACUAUCUCACCGAUACGAUCUCGCGGUCAUUCUACCACAAUCGUGCGCUAGGGGGCCGUGCGACCGAUGACCCCAGAAUUGCAAGGCUCAGUGUGAUCACUGGGUUUCAGCCUAUGAAGCUCCCUUUUAUCGAGAAACCGUGCGGGUAUUCCUUGUUUCUGAACGAGAUUGUGCCCGGCCCGAAGAGUUGGGCCAUGAAGAUCUGCAACUUGAUUUCGUUCAAUCAGCAUGAUGGAGGUGGUCAUUUUGCGCCUCCAGCCGAUGGAAAAGCCAAAGGAACUGCUUGA